AUGGUCUAUCAUCUACCAAACAACGGCAGAUGGGUCGCGGUCAUUGGUGCUGGUGCCGCAGGCUUGGCUGCAGCAAAGUACCUUCUAGGAGAAGGCCUGCUAGUACCCAUUUCCGAGCGGAAAGCACAGCCUGGUGGAGUCUGGAACACUACUCGAAUGGAUGAUUGCACUUCAAGCCCUGUUUAUGAUGGCCUUGAGACCAACCUUCCGCGCUCUUUGAUGACCUUUUCUGAUGUUCCAUGGCUCAAAGAUACAUCACUCUUUCCCCGAAGCUCUGAAGUAUUCGAGUACCUGAAGACGUAUGCUAGUAAGCUGGAGCAGUCUCCUUUGGGCCAGAGCAAUCUCCUAGUCAAAUGCAACACGACAGUCAAGGAGGUCAAGCAUGGUACGAGCAUGGGUCGGCAGUGCUGGAGAAUCCGGGCUACGCAGCCCCUGUCCCCUCGAGAUGUACAAAGCACGGACUGUUUCGACGCAGUCGUCAUUACCAUCGGCAACUAUCACCAUCCUUUCGUGCCUCCGCUGGAAGGCAUAUCCGAACCUUGUACCCAGCAACUCAGUGCUGAGACCCACGUCGGUGUUACCGGAGUCCAACAAUUCAAUCACGCAGUCAAGACUGUGACCUUCGAGAACGGCACCGAGCUUGCCGUGGACAAAGUCAUCAUCUGCACAGGCUAUUCCUACGACUUCUCGUUCAUCAGACAGGCAGGCGACGACUUGAUCUCCCCGGUUGGAGUCUCAGUGCGUAACGUCUACAAACACCUUCUCUAUACUGAAAACCCAACACUGACCUUCGUUGGCCUCCCAACCAUGAGCGCGACUUUCACAGUGGCGGAAGCGCAAAGCGCUGUGGUAGCGCGGAUAUUCAGUUCGCGACUUUCCUUACCGUCAAGGCCUGAGCUUCGCAGGUGGUAUGAUGAGUCCACCCAAGCACAUGAGGAUCUGGUUAGAUCCGGAGGGGCCGAUCCCCGCCACUACCACUCUUUUCGCUUGCGUGACGACAAGCAGUAUGUCAACGAGGUGCUCGAAUGGAGUCUUCGAACGGCAGAGAAUCUCACAAUCCACCGCGAUCAGGGCAUGCCGCCUCCAUUCUGGUGCGGCUGCCUCGAUCGAGCCCGUGAGACCAGUCGCGAAAUGCGCAAAGAGUUUUUGAAGCUGGGCGGGGCUCGCCAUCUCGUCACUAAUCACCAAGCUCUUGGAUCUGAACACGAUGGGCCUUGCUCUCAGGGGAGGAACAUGAAGCGUAGGCUCAAGGGGCGAUGCCGUGCCUGCUACCUUUACAAGUAG